AUGAAAAUUGAUGUUACAAGUGUGUUUAAGAAGACUGAACAUCGGUUCUGUAUGUGGCACAUAAUGAAAAAGUUACUAGACAAGGUGGAGAAAUCAAUCAUGCAAGAAGAAACUGGUUUCCUAAAAAAAUUAUGUGCUUGUGUUAGGCAUCUUGAAAUUGAACUCGUUGAGUUUGAAGAAAGGUGGAACAAGGUGAUGGUUGAAUACCACUUGGAACAACAUGAGUGGUUAGGUUAUAAGUACAAGAUAAUGAACAAGUGGAUUCUGGCGUAUAUUAGAGAUGUGUUCCUUAGAGGAAUAAUGCGUACAACAUCAAGAUCCGAAAGUGAAAACAACUUUCUCUGCUCCUUUAUCAAUCCUCAUGUGUCACAUGUUGAGUUUUACUUGAGAUUUGAAGCUGCAAUUGAUGCUCAGAGACACACUCAAGGCCAGAAUGAUAAUGAUUCAAAGCACAAAUAUCCUGAGUGCAAAAUACCACAUGCCUCACAUUUAUAUACUAACUCUGUCUUUUAUGAAUUUCAAUAUGAGGUUGAAAGUGCUUGUUUUUAUUGCGGUGUUGAUGAAUUGAAGAAAAAAGAUGGAUUGAAGUUGCAAAAACAUAUGAUUUGGGUUUGGAAAGAAAAAAGGUUUAAAACCAUUCCUGAGCAGUAUAUGCUAAACAGAUGGACUACUAUGGCACUGAAGAAACCAUUUUUUUACUUGAGAAGAAACCUGUUGGAGCAAUGUGCUAAUAUAAUUGACAAGAAAAAAUUGUUAAAUGAUUUAUGGUCAGUGAUACACACUUGUGUAAGUUUGGCAGAAGGCAAAGAUGAAAAUAUUCAAGACCUUGUGAUAAAUCUUCAAGGAAUAAGAAAGGAUUUGGAGGCUAAGAGGAUUAAAAGAAAUAAUGAAACAACAGUUGGAAGUGUAAACAACAAAGAACAAGAAAUUGAGCUAUUGAUUGGAGCUAGUGUGCCAACUGAAAUAAUUGUCAAAUCUCCAAAAAUUUCAAAGAAUAAAUGGACUGGAGUUCAUGUAUCAAAUGAAGAGACUUAA